GCGGCACGGAACCAUCCGCAACUACAAAGACGUCGAGAACAACGGGAAAUACUGCUCUUCUAGCUUCGUCAUCUUCUUCGUUAGCAGCGUUUGCUGCAGUCAAUGACCGUUCGAAAGGUGACAUGCAAGAUGAGGAUGAAUACCCGUUCUACACUGGCGCUGACAUCGUCGUCAUAUCGGGUGGAUCGGGUUACAAUAAUCUUGUCAGCGCCACACCUAAUGCGACGUACAUCAUGCCCGUUAGCGAUAAUGGCGGUGAGCGCUCAACGCGCCAUUCUCAGCUUCGCUCUACAGCUGGAGACACUCUCGUAUCAUGGCUGACACAUCGUGACACCUUCUAUGGUGCGAUCAGGGUCAUCAAGCGAGAUCAUUCGCGUGCUAGGUGGCCCGUCGAUCGGUGACUUGCGCUCCCGUUUGGUCCGUCUCAUUCCUCUUCCACAGACGAAUCCAGCACACUCCGCCACCUCCUCACCACGAGGAGCACGCCCUAGUGAUUCCCCUACGUUACUAAAGACACCGACCGUCUCUGGCUCCAAAGGCCGAUUUCUUCCUCUUUCGCCUUUCUCGCCGCCCCCUCCAGCGCCAUUAGCACCUCCCGUACCUCAAUCGAAUCUCGCACUUCACGCCCUACUGUCAUACCGCCUGCCCACCACAGGCCCGACGCGCGACAUCAAGCAAGAAUGGCUCGAUAUCCUCGAAGGACGCCACAAGCUCUGGAAGGGGAUCGAACAUGAGCGCAAAGAGUGCAUACGUGGGUUCCUGGUGCAUUUCGAGAGUGAGAUAUUACGACGUGCGCACAGAAAUUUCAAUUUUCGCGGAGGGAGCGUUGGAAAUUUCUUUCUCGCCGCUGGGCAAAAGUUCUUCCGCUCGAUACAGUCCUCCAUCUUUCUCUUCAGUGCCGUAUCGUUGAUCAAUGGCGCAAAUGUCGCCGGUCAGUACGGUAGCACAGCGGUGGGCGCAAUGGUGGGAGCGAAAGUGAUCCCCGUCAUCAAUACGAAUCACACAGCUACCAUCGCUGCAGAGCUUAGAAGCGGAGACGUUAUUGUCGGUCAAUGCGAGAUCUCACACCCUGUUGCCCCGGUCACGCAUCAGCCGAAAAACAUUUCACAUUCUUCUACCGUGAGGAACCGCGGUGGUAUCGACCCAGCUACCCUCAAACGCCUCGACACCUCGUGGCACUCAAGCCCUAGCGCCAGCGGACAACCGGGCACGCCUUCGUCGGUCAUCUUCGACCCUUUCCACUCGCUCAGCAUCGGUGGAGGCGCUGGAGAUGGAGUGGGCGGAGACUUGACGAGUGGUGCAGGCACGCCGGCUGUCGUGGGCCAAUCAGUACACCUACAGGCAAAAGAGCGCGAACGUUCGCGGAGAAUGCACACAGUCGGGAAUACCGGCGAUGGUUUGGAUCCUGAGGAUGCAGAUGUUGUCCCCACUGCCUUGGCUGAGGCUGACGGUGAAGCUGGUGCAGGAGAGUGUGAGUUGGAAGAAACGGGGAACAUCGUCUUCAACAAGGAAAAUGAUGGCGAAAGAGAGGAGAUAUUGCCAAGUCCUAUCGAGAGAGUCUUUUACGUCAAUGCAUACCGUAACGAGAUCUCAGCGGCUCCGAAUCCGUCCUACAUUUCGAGCCUCGCCCACGCGCGCACACUUGUCUACUCUUGCGGGUCACUCUGGACCUCUAUCGUACCUUGCAUAGCAUUACGUGGCGUGGCGACCGCAAUCGCGCGCUCGGCAUCGCUCAAGCACAAGGUACUGCUGCUGAAUUCAAAAUGGGAUCGCGAGACGCAAGGCAUGACCGCGCUUGAUUUUAUCUACGCACUCGUCAGUAGCCUCAACAGCACAGAUGGAGAUGAGGUCAGCAGAGUACUGCGUGACCGUGGUUUUAGCGGCGCCCAGCUGACAGGAUCAGAUGAAAGUGACAUGGAAGCGAACACACGUACGAAGGCGGACCAAGGAAUUCACAAUCGACCCCCAACACCGCAACACGCCUGGACGGCAUUUGCAGGAAAAGGAUACGCGGCGCGGGAACUUGUCAGCUGCCUCGUUUGCCUUGAGGGUGGACGCAUCCCGGUAGAGACCGCGGAGAUCGAGGAGCUGGGGAUUCGCGUCAUUAAAGUCCAGGGCCGGGCAAAGAAAGAAGGUGGCGUGCCCAUGUUCACGGAGCAAGCUAUUCGCAAAGCACUACAUCUCGUCGGCAAAACAUGAAAUAAUCUUCCAAAUAAUCUUGUACGAUCAGAUUUCCAAGAUGUUGUUCUCUUUCACAUGCGCAUACUCGUUGUAUGAUCAAUUAAAAGUCCCAUGC